AUGGCGCUGUCUCCCUCCAGCAUUCGUCGGCAGGAUGUGGGCCCCCAUGAUUCGCCACCGGGGGACUCUCCGCCUCCCACCUCUCAGGGUGGAACCAGCAAUGGAGCAAAAGCUGAUGUUGCUAGGAAGACGAAGGAGGGAAUUGAUCAUUUUUUGACAAAAUUAGAAAAAGAAGGAUUGGAGAUAGAUGGCAACAUAGCUAGUAUUAUUGAUGAAGGGAUAGCUAGAAUUAAAGCUGAAGCCGCGAGAGAGAACAUCAAUGAACCAAAAGACAAGGUGCUGGUCAUACUGCUCACUAUUACAUCUAUUACUGUUGGUUUCCUCCUGGGUAUGGAAUGGCAAGAAAAUAUCAUCCUCAAGGAACUUGCCAAGAUGAGACGUGCUUAGUUAAAAUUUAAAAAGCCCAAGGCUUGUGGGUACAUUAUUUUUAUGGUAUGUAAAACCAAGUAGGUAA